ACCUGUAAUCUCUUCUAGUAAACCUGAAUGUGCCGCCUUGCGCUCCGUUUCACCCCGUUGUAAUGGGUCACUUAAGGGUUUGCUUAUCUAGCCAAGCUGCUUUCCCUAUGCUGUAGGAGACUGUAUUUAAGCGUUGAUGGAUUCUCCGUUUUUUCCCCCACGCCUGGAAUUGCAGUCGGAAGGGGUUUGUUGGGAUUAGGGUUUGUGGAAGGGGAAAUUUGCGGGCACAGCGGGUCUUCUUCCAAAAUCGCUGAACGCGAGCAUCGCUGCUGCAGGGGUAGUAGUUGCACAGGGCAACAGACGUGAAUGCAGAAAUUAGAGCAGAGCGUUUUUUCGUGGAGCUGGAUGCAUUUGGAGCCCGUACGCACCAAGAGAAUAGGUUCGCGAAAGCAAGGGAAAUUAAAGGUGUCACAUCUAAUCCCCACUGAAGUUGCACGUGGCAGCUGUAGCGAGCUAGCACAAAUACAGUGUGGGUUUUAGGGCAGCAAAAUACUAUCAGGAGGGUACUGACAAUUAGUAGGGCUUGAGUGUAGGCUUUGUAUUUGAAUUCUGUGAUGGAUGUACUGGCUGUUCCCUUAGGCAGUGCUGUUGGAUAUGACUCGAUUAAUUUGAAGGUGUGGGAUACCAGUUUGUUGGUUUGUGUAUAGCAUUUGCUCUCGUGCGUAAGUACUUAAAAACUCCUUUUGUAUAAUUGCUCUUUCAUUUUCUUAAAUAUCUUUUAUUAUUCAUUACGUUUUAAUAAAGGCUUGAGUCUCUUUGCAUAUAUUUUUAAUAAAAUUGAUUGAUGUGGUUGGACCAUCUGGCGAAAAAGAUAAAGGUGCUCUCAUUUUCCAGCAUGCACCUUAUCAAAUAGUUUAAAAGCGUGGCAGAAACAUUGGCUGUUUCAGCAAUACCAACAUUUAAUUGCCUGCUGUGCACAUUAUGUGUCCUUUUCUGCCCCCCACCACCCCCACCCCCCCACCCCGGUUCACGUUGUGUUACGCUAGUCAGACCCUCCUGUGAGCGUAGAUCCCUUGGCACCUGGGGUUGCCUGAACUAUCAAGCACAGAAGAAUCGCCAGCAAGAUGGAGGUGGUUAAAUGGAGAAGGUGCCAAGUAGGAGUUUGGGAGGUUUUCCUGUGCUUGAUUAGGAAUCAAAAGAGGAACCCACGUUGUCAGAAGUCAGUGCACUGCGAGCAGAAGUGCUUGGUGAAGGUGGUUCAGGCUCAGCCAGUUAAGGGGCACCUGGACAAAGAUGUAGAUGACCAUGAGGUGCUUUCCCCUUCUGGCUUGGGAUUAAAGCUCUCGGUCGCAGGAGAAGAGGGAUAUGAGGAUGUUAAUGAAGAUACCGGAGUAUUUGUGGAGGAUAAUCCUAAGAAAAGACUACUGAAUGAUGGGAAAAAGAGGGAGAGGACUUUUUUUGGUACAAUAGACACCAAGCGUCAGCCAGCACAACUGCCAAAACCCGAUGAGAUCGGGCAGUCCCAGCGUUUUCCUGAAGGGAAUAUACUGCAGUCAAGGAAAACAUGGGUAGUCCUUUUUGGAUCUGCCGUGGCGCAUGGAUGUGUGGCUCUAAUUACAAGAUUAAUUUCUGAUCGUUCCAAAGUGCCAUCCCUAGAGUUAAUUUUCAUCCGUUCGGUCUUACAGGUGCUGUCCAUUACUGUUGUGUGUUAUUACCACGAGCAUCCCUUUGGCCCCAAAGGCUACAGACUCCGGCUCUUCUUCUAUGGGGCCUGCAAUGUUAUCUCCAUUACCUGUGCUUAUACCUCCUUCUCUAUAGUUCCCCCCAGCAACGGGACCAUUAUGUGGAGGGCUACCACUACAGUGUUCAGUGCCAUUUUGGCUUUUUUACUCAUAGAUGAAGGAAUGGCUUACAUAGACAUCAUUACUGUAGUUGGCAGCGUGUUUGGCGUUUGUCUGGUCAUGAUCCCCAACAUCGUUAAGGAGGAAAACUCUUUGCUGAGCACCUGGAAGGAAGCUUUUGGCUAUACCAUGACCGUUAUGGCAGGCUUGACCACUGCUCUCUCCAUGAUAGUCUACAGGUCAAUCAAAGAUAACAUCAGCAUGUGGACAGCACUGUUCACCUUUAGCUGGACAGGAACAGUGUGGGGAGCGUCCACCAUGUUCUUACUUCAAGAGCCAAUCGUCCCACUGGAUGGAGAAACCUGGAGCUAUCUCCUUGCCAUCUGCCUGUGCUCCACAGCAGCCUUCCUCGGGGUCUACUACGCCCUGAGCAAGUUCCACCCCGCUUUGGUCAGCACUGUACAGCACCUGGAGAUAGUCAUCGCCAUGGUCCUGCAGCUUGUCGUGUUGCGGAUCUUCCCAGGUGCUUAUGAUCUUGUCGGGGGAGCGGUUAUUUUGGUUAGUGUUUUUUUCCUUGCAUGUUAUAAACUGUCCUGGAAGAAUUUAGGAAGGCAAGAUUAUCAGGAGAUCGUGGAUUCUUCCAUUAAAUGAAUUGCGGUUUUGCUGUCCGAUUCUGGCUGUGUGACCAUGUGAAAGUAACAUGCUUCAACUCUGUGGUGUUCUAAGCAUAGUGGCCAGGUCCUCUCUCCGCUGUUUAAAUGCACAGCUGAUGUAACCAUGUUGGUGUUUCCAGGCUUCCCUGACAGGUGAAUUUGUUGUAGCGUGUACAACCACUGACAUUUUGUCAUAGGAGAAAAGGCUGUUUGUCUCCAGCACGUAGGGAGCGUGAGCGGAAGCGCAGGCCAAGUCAUAGGCAUGUUCUUCCUCCCCUUCCCUGCAUAAGGCAAUACUGAGACAGAGGGAUUCGCUACUGACCCUCCUUCCUGUGCAGUGUGGUAGUGGGGAAGAUUAACAGUAAAACCAUUAAAAUGGUCCACCAGAGUGUUCAUACCCUCUGUAACACUUCUUAUGCUUUGGCUGUAAUAGUCUAAAUGAAGUCAUGCUAAUAUUUGUCGUUAACACUUGCAUUGCCUGUGUGUAUAAAGAAUAAGUCAGUAAAGCUUCUUGUGCUUUGUGGUUAAA